UGGGAGAGGUCCGGGGUUCGAUUCCCCGCAGCUCCAUCUUUUUGUUUUUUUCCUUCUCUUCUUUCUUCUCUUGUCAACUUAUUGAUUUAUUGACUCCUGCAUCAACAGUGGCUCUCUCUACUCACAAGCGUCGAGUAUUUGAUGAUGAAGCAAUUGAAACAUGAAGAUACAUCAUCGUCCACCUCCAUCCCCACCGUGCUGUGCCUCCAUCCACACCGACCGCAUGUUAUCCACCCAUCCCAACGACGUCAACCUCCGCCAUACGGACUGCCCCGGAAUCUUCAUCCACAGCCACCAUCCACCAUCCACCAUCCACCUCUUCACUCCGAUCUCCAUCCCAGACUACUGUCUUCAAAAUGCUUAGUCUCAACAGGCACAUCAAUCAUCAUGACACCCCCAUGACGCAACCAGCGCAGACAAUCAACAUAUAUCCGCCCUCCUCAUCACCCUGCUAGCUAAACCAUUCAUCACAAACCAAGCCAUCUCA